UACAACCCAGAUCUCUCAGGAUGCAAUGGUCUUGGUGGUUAUAGCACCCGUCCUGCCAAUAUGCUUAUGUGUGGUGGUUUGAAGUCGCGUUCUACUUUGAGACUCCCAAUUCCCGAUGGUGAAAAUGUACUCACCAUGUUGGGUCAACAAAGAGAUCGGAUUUACAACGCCAUCAAACUUGGAGAAUUUACUCUUCCCGACGGAUCAACUACUCCUGUAACAAUCAACAACCUUGGCCAAGCCAUUGAGGCCAGCAUUCAAUCACCGAACCCACAACUUUAUGGUCUUAUUGGUUUACACUCCUGGGGACAUGUCCUUCUGUCAUUUCUUACGGAUCCAGACGGUCGAUAUAAUAUGGAACCAGGCCCAAUGUUUGAUACGAGAAC